AUGCUGUAUAAUAUGUAUACCUCUGUUGCAUGCAACCACCGGUUCUCCUCGAAACGAUAUGCAACCACGUCCACCACAGGGGCCAGGGAUGAGGUCGUAAGGGUGGCCCCAUCACGACGCGCGGGUGUUGGGAGAGGGCUAGACGGUACGCCGGUGUCAGCACAGGUGUGCAACGCUGUCGUGGGGGUGAUCCCUGUAUGGGCACCUGUCGUCAUGGAGACGGCGCACGAGGUGGCCAUCUACAUCGAUCGCUUCCAUAAUCUGGAUCUGUUCCAGCAAGGAUGGUACCGCAUGAAGAUUAGAGCCUUGUGGGAGGCUGACGAGCAUAGGGCACCAAUAUCACCGGCCAGGGUCACCCAAUACGAAGCUGUUGAUAUUGGUGCGAAGGGCACAUUUGGCUUUUGGAAAAUAGAUGAUGUUGACAAUAGCUUCUGUACACAGCCAUUUCUUGUUAAAUAUUCUAGGCAAGAUAUUUAUCUAUCAGUUAUGGUGUCUUUCUACAUACCCAACAGUGAAGAUGAGGGUCCAGCAACUUCUUCUGUUAUAUUGAAGUUUGAGCUUAUAUACAUCCCGACAUUGGGAAACGGGUGGUUUAAAGAUUCAGGUGACACAGAUUUGGUCCCUGUCCAUGAAUUUAGGAUCCCACAUAAAGCACUCCUGGGUUUACACUCAUAUUGCCCUGUCCACUUUGAUGCUUUACACUCUGCUCUUGUGGACCUGACUAUACACAUAGUGUACCUGAAAGCCGGCGUGACUAAAUCAUCAUUGAAGAGUUCUGGUGUUAUGGUUGGAAACACUGCUGAUGAUGUGAUGUUGUAUACUCUAUCCGAGGAAGAAUUGUUUGAGUUAUUUCAAAUUGUUAGCAGCCAACUCUCAUUUAUAUGGAAUGAGUUCUUGAAAUUUCACAGGACACAUAGAGUCAAGAUACUGGAUUAUUUGCAUGCUAUUUGGGAUUUUGAUCGGAAAGCAGAAUGGUCAAUAUGGAUUAUUCACUCAAAAAUUGAUAUUCCACAUCGCUACUUGAGAACCAUGAAUGACGGUUCUCCUCGUCAUGGCCAUUUGCGUCGGAUUUCCAGUUCUCGGAAACCUAUACAAAAUUCGAUGUCACAGGCUGAACUGCAUAGGAAAAGUAUAGCACAAAUGAAGGGACAUCAUUUGGAUUUACGCCUUGUUAGAAAUCAAUGGCUUUUGCUUGAUCCUGGAGCUGAAUGCCUAUUGUCUCAGAUAAAUGAGGAUAGGACAUCUGGGGAUUUUAAAGAAAUGGGUAGAAGGCUUGCUAAUGAAGUAGUGGCAUUCCUCAAAAGGAGACUGGAUAAGUAUUCCAAAAUGGGAGGCUGCCAAGAGAUGAAGCUUAGUUUUGUCGGUCAUUCUAUUGGAAAUAUUAUCCUCAGAAGUGCCCUCACAGAACCCAAAUUGCAGCCAUUUUUGAAGAACCUAUAUACAUACAUGUCGAUAUCGGGGCCUCACUUAGGUUACUGGUACAGCUCAAAUUCUUUGUUCAAUUCUGGCCUCUGGCUUAUGAAAAGGCUCAAGGGAAUGCAGUGCAUGGCUCAGCUCACUUUCAGUGAUGACAACGACCCACAGAACACAUUUUUUUACAAGCUCUGCAAGCUGAAGACACUGGAGAACUUUAAGAACAUCAUUCUGGUAUCGUCGCCGCAGGAUGGCUACGUCCCGUAUCAUUCAGCAAGGAUCGAUCUCUGCCACGCCUCGUCAUCAGAUAACUCGAGAAGGGGGCAGGUGUUCACUGAAAUGCUCAACAACUGUUUGGACCAGAUCCGUGCCCCCACAUCCGAAACACGGGUGUUCAUGCGUUGCGAUGUGAAUUUCGAUCAGUCCGCCCAGGGACGGAGCCUGAACACCAUGAUCGGCAGAGCUGCCCACAUAGAGUUCCUGGAGAAUGAAAUCUACGCCAGGUUCAUCAUGUGGUCCUUCCCGGAGUUGUUCCGAUGA